AUGACGAGUGACGACCAGUUUUUCUUCGACUACCUUGCUUCGAUCCCCCAUGACGUAAAGCGAUACUCGCUCCAGGUUGCAAACUCCAUCGACCGGCAAGUCGAUAGUGCCGCUACAACCCUUCGAGACUCGCUGUCACAGCAGUCAUGGAUACCUUCGUCUGUACGACCAUCCCGGAAGACUGUUGAUAUCGUUCCAACCCGGUCGUUGACGGGUCGCGUGCAAGAUUGGAUGAUUUCGAAUCGGGCGUUGAGUGCCGCCGUCUUGGCGUUUGCUGGGACGACAUGCGUUUUGUAUUUUGGGAAUAAGACGUUUAAUGGAAAGCGGAGAAAGGCUAGGAGGGCAGGAAAUGGUGCCCGGAAAGAAAUAGUUGUUAUCGCCGGUUCACCGCACGACCCGAUGGUCAAGUCGAUCUCUUCAGACUUGGAGCGACGAGGAUACAUUGUCUAUAUUACUGUGUCGUCGACAGAGGAGGAACAUGUUGUUCAGUCGGAGAACCGGAUAGAUAUCAGGGCACUUUGGCUCGAUUUGACUACGACCCCUUCAUCGCCGUCCGAUAUUCAUCCGUCCUUACGUGGAAUCCGCUCCUUGAUCACCCAGCCUCAAUUCCCAAUGCCUGGUGUGCCACCGCACACUUGCCAGCUGAGUGGUCUCAUCGUGGUCCCUUCGUCCCACUACGAACAUGGCCCCGUGGCCACGAUUCCCCCAUCUGCCUGGGCCGAUACGGUUAACACUCGGAUUCUCUCCCCAGUGCUGGUGACCCAGCUUUUCUUGCCUCUCCUCACGCUGCGCAGCAGCCCUAGCAAUAUCGUCCUCGCCUAUCCCUCGAUUUCAUCUUCGCUCUCCGCGCCGUUUGCGGGUCCCGAGGUUGCAACUGCUCGUGCACUGUCAGGGUUUGCAACAUCUCUUCGAACGGAACUUAGUCUUCUGCAGAAUGGAAACGUGAGCGUGGUGGAAUUGAAACUGGGCAACUUGGAUCUAGGGUCGUCUCGACCUCAGAGCCGUGUUGCAGGGACGGAGACUCUUGGUUGGAAUGCUCAGCAGCGUGCUCAGUACGGGUCUCAGUACCUAUCCAGCAUUGAACAGCGGCCGGUAGCUUCCGCGGGACCUAGUGCGGUGCGAGGAUCCCCGGCGCGUCACUUGCACCACGCGGUCCUUGAUGCAUUGGAGCCGCCAUCGAAGAAUAUCUUCGGACAGAAGACAUCGAAGACAACAGUGGUGUAUGCUGGCCGUGGUGCGCGGACGUAUGGUGUGAUUGGGGCGUUGGCACCGGGUGGUUUGGUAGGAUGGAUGCUUGGGCUUCGCAGUGGAUACACGGCUGUGGGCGAUGGCAUGAGUGGGAGCUUCCAUGAGGCGAGUUGGGAGAAGGUUUGA